UGAAUGUUAAAUAUGUAUAUAAUGUUAUAAGCUAUAUUUGACUUUAUAAAUAUCAGAAUUACACUUUAAUAUAAAUUCAAAUAUAAGAUGUCCAAAUUAAUAAUGCCCUUAAUUAUAUUAAAUGUAAGAAUAUUUACUAGCCAUUCCUGAUUGCGAAGACUUAAACGAUUAAUUAUUUCAUAGAUAUUUAUAAUAAGAUGAUUCAAUGAGAAAUUGCCCAAAGAAAGGCUGUCAUUAUUAUGGUUUUUUUCCCGAAAAAUCUUGUUCGGAUUAAUUUAUUUGUGAAAUAUGUCAAACCGAAUGGAAAGACAAUUAUAAUAUAAGAUUAAAUGAAAGAAUUUAUUUAUUUUUAAAUAAUAUUCUUUUAAUAAAAAAUGAUAUUUUUACAUAUUUAUAUGAAUAUAUAAUGACAAAAGAAUGUCCAAAUUGUGGAAUUCCAAUAACCAAAAAUGGAGGUUGUAUGCAUAUGAAUUGUAAAAAAUGUUUAUAUGAAUUUUGUUGGGUAUGUAAAUAAAAUUAUUCAUAUCAUAAAAAGACUUAAUGUGUGGCAUAUUUUUAUGCCAAAUAUGGCAUUUUAUAAUAUAAUUUGGUUAAUUUUCUCGUACUUUUUAAUUUACAUAAUGCUAUUUUUAAUUUUAUUUAUGAAUUACUAGUGUAUAUUGGAUAUUCAAUCGUAUUUAAUAUUUUAGCUUUUUAAUUUUAUUUUCUUUUAUUUUGUUGGAGAAACUAUUAAAUAUCAUAAUAAUAUACUUAAUAAUGGAUAUAGCUAAAUUUAGCUUAAUAAAAGGGAAAAAUCUUUCAUUAUGUCUAUUCUUAUAUUCAUUAUAUGCGUAAUUUAUAUUUCUAUUAUUUACUAUUUCUAAGGAAAUUUCUACCAUGCAUUGCUUUUUAUGCUUAUUGAAUGUUUAGGAAUUUUUAUUGGA